AUGGCUACACUUAACGAUUAUCCCAACAUUGCACAGUCAUUAAACACUGCCAGUACAAAGCAUAUCAAGCUUUUACAUCGUUUAGUUUUUGGCUCAGAUGGUGAUAAUGAUGUUGAUCAAGAUGACGUUGCUGUUGUUGAUGAAGAUCAUGUCAAUGAAGAUGAUGUUGAUGACAACGAAGAUCAUGAUGAUGAUGACAGUCAUAAAGCUAAUGAUGAUGAUGAUGAUGUCGAUAAUGAUCCAAACGUGCAGAAUACUGAAGAAACUGUGAAAAAUAAACUGAAUCAGUUUGAACAAGCAUGUGCUGAUCAAGCAAACAAGAAAACACCUGCUAAAAGUGCAGAAACUCCCAAAGAACAGAAGGCCUGGAAGUAUAAACGAAGAAAAUUUAAACGAACUUCAAAGACAAUGAAAUUGCUAACACAGCAUGAUGAUGAAAAAGCUGCAUUAUGCAUUGAAGCUCAACGAAACCUCCUCCGUUUACAUCAAGCACAUAUACGACAGUAUAAGAAACGUCGCAAACCUGCCCGCAAAUAUAAACUUGGACACCAAAUGCCAAUCCGAACUGAAACUUCGACUUAA